AUGCUCCUGUUCGACGACAGUCAAGUUCCUGCUUCUUUGAAUCUGCAUAGGGACCAGUUGAGUCCUACAGAGAAGAAAAAUACUACCACUUCUUUGAAAGACGCUUUUUUUUUCUUUCUUUCUUUCUUUCUUUCUUUCUUUCUUUCUUUCUUUCUUUCUUUUUCUUUCACUUUUUCUUUCUUUCUUUCUUUCUUUCUUUCUUUCUUUCUUUCUUUCACUUUUCUUUCACGUUUCUUUCUUUUUUUUCUUAAUUUCUUUGACUUUUUCUUUCUUCUUUCAUUUUUCUUUCUUUUCUUUCUUUCUUUCUCUCUUUUUUCUUUCUUUCUUUCUUUCUUUCACUUUUCUUUCACGUUUCUUUCUUUUUUCUUAAUUUCUUUGACUUUUUCUUUCUUCUUUCAUUUUUCUUUCUUUCUUUCUUUCUUUCUUUCUUUCUUUCUUUCUUUCUUUCUUUCUUUCUUUCUAACCAAAUCCCUGUCUUACGAACAUUUCUCUUAA